UGGAGUUCCAUCUGCGAGGCGAUUGGUAUUCGGGUUGAGGCUGCUAUGCAGCAACGCGUAGCGCGUCACCCGACCUCAGUGUGCUCUGGUGAACCUCGAAUUGCUCGAGGAACACUAGACUCAGCAGAUGAGACAGAGGCUGUCCUGCUCUCAGCAGUUCGUCUUCGCAACUCACCGAGCGGAGUGUGCAUAUUACCUGAUCUACCUUGGAAAGAUAACCCAAAAGAAGCGGUUGACCAACGCGGCGUUCCUAAUAGGGAUAGCAAGAAAACAAUAUUUGUUCAUGGUGUUCCCGAGCUUCUGCAUUCUUCUGAUCACGUUGCGCGAACACAUGAUCGAGAGCAGUGGUGCUACAUCCGCGAAGCACUCUCUGUUGACAAUGUUAUUGCCAAAUUCCUGACAAGUGUUCCGUCAUCACCUAACUACAAGGGCUGCGGUCCAAGGCUAAUGAAAGUAAUACUACACUCCGAGGGAAUGACGCAAGUUCUGUUAGAUUGCUGGUUAAGGUUUCGAGCUAGGAUGCCAACAGGAAUCCGGCUAAAGGCAGCAGGCGAACGACCAAAAGUGGGAAGCAAUUCCAUUGAACUUGCAAACGCUACAAAUUCUUUAUUUGCACAUUCCUGCGGAGAGACCGACACAACAGCGUCCAAGGCACACAACAGGACCGAGCACAGCACGAGUGAAACGACUGUUCAGGAACGCUCAAUAAUGUCAUGCAACACGACUGAAAUACACAAAUCCAAAAACGAUGAAUGGCCGGCCACCUAACGGUCGGCUUUCAAACUAACACAAAGUUGACAUCCAUCAAUGAACCCCUAAAAACAAAAGCCCUAUCUUGCAUGUACACAAACGCUCAAGGCCUUCUAAGUAAGUUGGCCG